GUGGCCCGCGGUGGCCCCGCUACUGGGUUUCAAGUCGCGUCGUCCGACUCAUCCUGCACCGGGAUGGCGUCCCCACGGGAACUGACGCAGAACCCUUUGAAGAAAAUCUGGAUGCCGUAUAGCAAUGGGCGACCCGUUCUGCACGCCUGCCAGCGCGGUGUUUGCAUGACCAACUGCCCCACGCUCAUUGUCAUGGUGGGCCUGCCUGCCAGGGGCAAGACCUACAUCUCUAAAAAGCUGACUCGCUACCUGAACUGGAUUGGUGUGCCCACGAGGGAAUUCAAUGUUGGCCAGUAUCGCCGGAACAUGGUCAAGACCUACACAUCUUUUGAGUUUUUCCUUCCAGACAACGAAGAAGGCCUGAAAAUCAGGAAGCAGUGUGCCCUGGCAGCCCUGCGCGACGUCCGGCGGUUCCUCAGCGAGGAGGGGGGACAUGUGGCGGUUUUUGAUGCAACAAAUACUACCCGAGAACGGAGAGCAACCAUCUUUAAUUUUGGGGAACAGAACGGCUAUAAGACUUUUUUUGUUGAGUCCAUCUGUGUGGAUCCUGAGGUCAUAGCUGCCAACAUUGUGCAAGUGAAACUGGGCAGCCCCGACUAUGUCAACCGGGAUAGCGAUGAGGCCACAGAGGAUUUCAUGAGGCGCAUCGAGUGCUAUGAGAACUCCUAUGAGUCGCUGGAUGAGGACCUGGACAGGGAUCUGUCCUACAUCAAGAUCAUGGACGUGGGGCAGAGCUACGUGGUGAACCGUGUGGCUGACCACAUCCAGAGCCGCAUCGUAUAUUACCUCAUGAACAUCCAUGUGACCCCUCGCUCCAUCUACCUCUGCCGUCAUGGGGAGAGCGAGCUCAACCUCAAGGGUCGGAUUGGUGGAGACCCAGGACUGUCCCCCCGGGGUAGGGAGUUUGCCAAGAGUCUGGCCAAGUUCAUCAGUGAUCAGAACAUCAAGGACCUGAAAGUCUGGACGAGCCAGAUGAAGAGGACGAUCCAGACAGCCGAGGCCCUGGGUGUGCCUUAUGAGCAGUGGAAGGUCCUCAAUGAGAUCGAUGCGGGUGUCUGUGAGGAAAUGACCUAUGAAGAAAUUCAGGACCAUUAUCCACUGGAGUUUGCCCUGAGGGACCAGGACAAGUACCGGUACCGGUACCCCAAAGGAGAGUCCUAUGAGGACCUGGUCCAGAGACUUGAGCCUGUCAUCAUGGAGCUGGAGAGACAGGAGAACGUGCUGGUCAUCUGCCACCAGGCUGUGAUGCGCUGCCUCCUGGCCUACUUCCUUGACAAGGCGGCAGAACAGCUGCCCUACCUCAAGUGUCCACUGCACACGGUCCUGAAGCUGACCCCUGUGGCUUAUGGUUGUAAAGUGGAGUCCAUAUUCCUGAACGUGAUGGCUGUGAACACACACCGGGACAGGCCUCAGAAUGUAGACAUCUCAAGGCCUCCCGAGGAAGCCCUUGUCACAGUUCCUGCUCACCAGUGACCACAACUCAUCCACUCCACCCCGAGGCAGGCGCUGAUCAUCCAUGGACCAGGUCAUUCCCGAACCCUCCUGAGGUGGCCACCAUGAAGGAACACCCUCAGAACUCCGAGGCGUGGCUGGCGGCACCCAGGACCCUUGCCAGAGCCCACCCACUUCCCUAACAGUGACGAGGUUGUAGGAAGUACCUAACAACGUGCUGCUAGUUAAUGAUCAGCUGCAUUGCGUGCGCCCUGGGCUGCUGAGAGGUUUCCCAGCUCGGCUUUCGGCUUUCGGGCACUCUGUCUCAGCAGUUGAUGGGCUUUGUGAAGUGAGAAACCCUAAAAUGUGAAAUGGAAAGCUUGACUGAGUGGCCCAGGGUGGACCUGGGGGCCUCUGCUGUCCUCUCUGCGGCCACUUCCCGAGCCAGAGGCCAUGCUUCACAGGACUCCGAGCUGCCAUGCUGCUUCAGGUGAGAGGGAGAGCCCUUCCCACCCUGCCCUGCCAGGGACCAGGGACGAAAGCGCUUCUGCCAAAGCAGUGCCCCACGGGUAGCCCGGCACCCACACCUGGCGUUUGUGGGGAAAGCAGCUUGCUGGCUGCUCUCAGUGAAGCCCUGAAGCCUAGUGAGUGAAGUGACCGCGGGGCGGCGGUGUGAGUUCCCUUCCCGGCACUCUCCCGAGCGCUCAUGGAAGGAGGCUGCUGCCUGGCCCUGACCCUGCUGCUGCGCCAGCCCGCUACCUCUCCUGUCGCUGCCUGUGUCCACACUCGGUGUGCACCGGCGGCAGGGACGUGUGUUCGCUGUGAAUGAUGUGGAAAAGCUGGUUGUGGAAAAGCCUGGCGCUUGUUUACCUCACCUGGGGGACUGGCAGGUGAAAGACAAUCCAAGACAGCUCUCAUGUGUGGGGGGCGGGUGUGGCUAUUCCCAGUCACAUGCAGCUUUGAUUCACAUGCACUGGAGCCUGCUGAAAACAGCCUCAGGGAGGCCACUCUCUGUCAUGCCCCUGAGUUCUAGGCCAGAGAGGCAGGCUGGGCAGUGGGUUCCAGCUCCUUUUUCUCGCCGAGCAGACUGGCCAGCAGCUAUGGGGCUGUGUGAGAAAGGGCCUGGAUUUGUAGUCGGAUACCCUGCUGUCCACACCUGCGCCUUGGUGAAACUGGCCUCAGGACCCCAAACCCACUUUGCACCCACGACCUCUCCCAGGCUGUGCCUGCCGAGCAUCCCACUUUUCUCAGCCCCCAGGACUUUGAGCCUGCAGAUAGAUGCCACCUGCCCUUGGAAGAAUUCCACAUGCUGGACCCUGGCCAGCAUUCUCUCAGCUGCUAGGCACCGCUGUCCAGAGCAGGGCUGGGGCAGGACCUGGGGACUCACCUCUUGUCAGAGCCCCGGGGCCUGAGGCUCUGUCAGAGGACAUGCUCCCUCAGGCUCCCUCCUUAGCCAUAACACUUCCUUCACCAGUCGGUGGCAACCCCUGCCCCAGGAACUGAGUCAGACCACUGAGGCCUUCUCUCUCUACAUCUAGAGGUCAGUCAGGAGCUGCUGGACCACAGGCUACAAGCCCUGGGAUGGGGAGAGGAAAACCUGGGGUGACGGCACUGGCGGGGGCAGCCCCUCCAGGCUCUGCCUGUGGUUGUCCCUGCAGUACCCCCUGGUUGGCUGCCAGGCCUGAGCUGUGGUGAUGGAUGUGCUGGCACUGCAGACUUCUUCCGGGAUGGGUGGCAUUGAUCUCAGCCACGAGUCACACUGUAUCCAGCAUUCUUUGCAAUAAAUACUUUUUAAGAUUACUACUAUUGUAUCUUAAGGUUGUAUUGAGUGGCUGGUUUGCCAUGUGCAGCUAACUCUGCAGACCCCCAUGUUAUAGGCUCUCACAGGUCUGAUCUCAAAUCUUUGGUUCAACUCCCACCCCUCUGUCUACCUCUCUGUGGAAAGGGAACUCUUUCUGAAGUGAGCCCUGGGCCUGGCACACUUUUCUCCAGGCCAACCUGGGCUGCUAACCCUUACCCCUGAGCAAGAGACAGGUGUUAGGGGAUCUGGCAUAAAGCACCAUUAAAGGGGAGGGGGUUGGGGUCUUUGGAAAAGUGGAUCCAACUAUGGCAUCCUUGAGGAGCAGAGCCAGUGGCUGCCUGUGGCCAUGGGUGGGUACAUCUGGUUCUCUGGUGUUCUUUGUCACCCACUGCUGGGGUGGGGGAGGUGGUGGCAAGUGGCAGGGUUUCCCUUUCCCGUACUUAUACACCUGCCCCGGGCUGGCUGCUGGGCAGGCGGGUUGCAGGAACAGCCGCAUGGGUGUGAUGGAGCGAGGCGUGGCCGAGGGCCCCUGGGAUGCUUCUGGCAGUCAGGGCUGCCAAGCGUGUGGCUCUGCCCUUCCAGCCUGGGUCACAGUGGCUGGCAACCCCUGUGCUUCAUCCCGAGGCUCACAGGAGAGGCAGCUUGUGGGUUCAGCUGCGACCGCUGCUGGUGGGGGGACUGGGAGACGGCGCCAUGGCUCUCCCCCACCUCCUGCAUUGAGUUCCUGGGGCCUCCACGGAGGCUUCCCGGCACUUUUUGAAGAUGUUGAAGAUUUUUAGCAAAG